AUGACAUCAACUGAGCCAAAGCUGCUUGUUGAAGUACCCGAUCAUCACAUACAUAAACGUGUCGUAUUUCGAAAUCAAGCUCAUUGGAUUCUUGAAGCGAUACGUUUACCUGGCUUUUCAAUUGGUAAUCAACCAAUUCUUUUUUCAUUCAAUGAAACAAAUGAAAAUUCUUUUAAAUCGUCUAAUACUACGUCAAUCAAUAUUUCUCAACAACAACCAACUCCGUUCGUUAGCUUUGUUUUUAACACAGCGACAAUCGUUCCAUCAUCAACUGGAUACAUCCGAUGA